AUGUUCUUUUUCCCAAAUAAGAGAGCUCCGAUGAUCGUGGAACUAGCUGCGUGUACAGCAGCCCUUGCGGUUUUAAAAUUCUACCUUACUGGUAGAAAAAAUGCUCACAUGCCCUACUGGGACCCACCACAAGGCGAGGGUCCGUAUCAUGCUAUAUUAUCUAUGAGGGAAAAUAUCAAGAAUAACGUCAAAAUGCACGCCUAUCCAAUGCUCAACUGGCUCGGCCUCGUCAAAAUCGACAUUCACUGGAUCAAUGACCCGAAAACUGCGCGAGAAGUUUUUCUCAAAAACGAUUCCGCAUACGGCCACUUGGACAUGAAGGGCUGGUUCGACUUGAACUCCGAGUACCGAUAUCGCACGAAGAAACAUAUCAAAUGGGAGACCUGUAAUGCAGAUGAAACUGGAAUGCUUCGAGAUUUUAAACGCUCUGAUCCUGAAGGGUCGAAAAUCGGAAAGCUCUGCAGAAAGAGAGUGAUGGAAGUUCUCGCCAAAAAGUCGCUUGAGCCAGUUUGGAUGGAAGCCAUUGAGCGCGAAAUCCCAGGAAUGGUUCGUCGAAUUAAGGAAGAGGGAAAAAAUGGCGCCGUUCCUUUUUAUCCAUUUGAUAACGUUACGAUGCCAGCUGCCAUGUCCGUCCUCCUUGGUGUCUCGUUCAACAUCGAUUGCUCCACCCAAGAGUCUUGGAUCAGAACGAUGAUUAACUAUUCAUGCAAAGCUCUUCAUACUCUAACACGGCUGGAUGGCCACAAACUCUUCCUUGUUCUCCUCCCUAGAUGGGUCAGAAAUCUUAUCCCCAUCUCUUUAUGGCCCAAAUGGACAGGCGAGCUUCAGGGAUUUACAACCGAAAUCAUCGAGCUGAUCGAGACGCACAAUAAAAACUGGCAAGUUGGCGACGAUAGCUCUUCACUUAUUGCUCCACUGGAGACGGACAGGCAAAAAGGCCUGUGUACAUAUUGGGACAUUGUUCACACGCUUCAGGCGAUGAUUCUUGCAGGAGCUGAUACUACCGCUACGUCGACUGCUAGCUGCAUGCGGCAACUGGCCAUGAAUCCGCCCGUGCAACAAAAGCUUUACGACUUGCUCGCUGCUCAAGACUUCCGUGCAGAUUCCUUCACUGACUGUCAUUACUUGAUGGCGGUCAUGUACGAGAGCUACAGAAUGUGCCCGAUGGUCUGGCGUAGCUUGUUCCAUGUUGUUACUGAGGAUAUGACUAUUGAAGAUUACAAAUUCUCAAAAGAUGAUUUUCUGGCUUACAGUCACACGGGUGUCUGCUUCUCUGAGCGUUACUUUCCGGAUCCUUACAAAUUCAAGCCAGAAAGAUUUCUCGACGAAAAUGGCGAGUUCAAAAAGAACGAAAACUUGAUGCCCUUUUUCAUUGGCAAACGAUCUUGCCCCGGUCAAAUCUUAGCCAACUUGGAGGUGUUCCAUUUUAUGAAAAAUCUUAUCAAAGAGUUCCGAUUCGAAGUAAGUCCUGAUGCUCCGAUCGACACAACAUUCACGGAAAAAGGCUGGCAUACAUUGUGGAGCCACGGAGCCCACAAAGAAUGGAAUCAUCACUUCUUGAUGCCGGCAGAGAAUCGAAUUCUUUGUAUACCAAGGCAUUAA